AAUGCCCAUUUUCCCCAGGUUCCGCUCCAAGUACCACCCCGACGAGGCGGGCCGGCGCCGGCAGGAGGCCCAGGCGGCGCUGAGGAACCGCCUGGGGGUGUUCCUGUACCUGUCCGAGCACGGCUGGUUCGAAAACCUCCUGCUCGACAUCGACAGGGCCCCCCAGAUCGUCAAGACCCUCGAUGCAGCCGUGAUCAAGAUGGAGGGGGGCUCGGAGCACGACCUGCGCAUCCUGGAGCAGGAGGAGGAGGAGGAGAGGCCCGACAAGGCCGAGGGGCCCAAGAAGGAGGAGCCGCGGCCGCCGGAGCCGCCCGGGAAGGGCCCCCCCGAGGCCGACGAGCCCCCCAAGGCUGAAGGGGCGGAGCCAGGGGCGGAGCCAGCAGCGGGGGCGGGGCCUGAGGAAGAGGAGGAGGGGCCUGAGAAGGGGCCGAAGGAGGAGGAGGGGGACAAGGAGGGGCCCAAGGCUCGGCCGCGCCAGAGGAGCGGGACAGCGACAGUGACAGCGACAGCGAGGGGGGCCGGAGACCCCAAAAAUGAGGAGGAGCCCAAGGAGGACAAGGGCGGGGGUCUCGACGACGACAACAACAACAACAACAACAAGAGCGCCAGGACCCCCCCGGCCCCCAAAACCAAGGAGGGGGCCCGGGGAGCUCUGCAAGCGUUACCCGGGUUCAUGAGAGUCGCCCUGUCCGAGCCCCAGCCCGAGAGGAGGUUUUUCCGGAGGGGUUGGGUGACCUUCGACCGCAGCGUCAACAUCAAAGAGAUCUGCUGGAGCCUGCAGAACAUCCGGCUCCGUGAGUGUGAGCUGUCCCCAGGAGUGAACCGGGACCUGACCCGGCGUGUCCGGAACGUCUCCGGUCUCACCCAGCACCGCCCCAUCGUCCGUCACGACAUCAAGCUGGCGGCGCGGUUGGUGCAGGCCCUGGACGCCCGCGCCCGCCUCUGGAGCCCCCCCGGCACCGGGGACCCCGCCCAGGACCCCCCCCAGGGCCCCGAGGGGGCUGAGGGGGACGGGGAGCCUAGGAACCCCCCCGGCACCGAGCCCGGGCCCCAGAACCCGGUGCUGAGGCACAUCCCCCAUUACCUGAGUGAGGAGCUGUCCCU